AUGUCUGAGACCUUGAAAAGCCUUGCGAAGAAGCAUAUAGUUAGUAAGGUCCAGUUAAUAGUUAUCUGGAUUGUUUUUGGCCACAGGUCCUUUCCCUAUCAGUUCCGGAGGGCCGUAAAUUUUUUUAUUCUGGGUUCACCUCUCCCAGACAUAGCCCACAGGAGAUAUUGGGCUAACAUUUAUCUAUAGCACCUGAUGAGGGACUGACAGGGCGUCUUCCUAACCCGCUGAGACUCUUGGGGACCACAUUGCAAACCCUACUCCUAGAGAAGAUCACUAUUCAAAAUAGCUGCUACAUUUCCACCGCAGCAAGCAGGUUGGUGUAAUUCGUAACCUUGAAGGCAUCAAAUCUGCAGGACGUUAAGAAUCUUUUAAUUUAAUUGCGAAGAAGCGAGAUAUAAAACUUCUGAUGACUCAGCCUGAGUCAAGCAUAUUUAGCCAGUCAGAAAACGUAACCUCGACCAACAAAGAUGACGAGAUGAAAGAAAUUUCUCUUCAGCUGGUGAUGAUUCGAAAAAAGCAUGAUGAGCUUAAAAGGGAAAACGAAAGCAAACGAAUGCAGCUUGAAAACUUGAAAAAAGACUUAGAAAAAUUAACUGUAGUAGUGAGCACUGGCAACGCUGAAGACUUUUCGUUCACCAAUAAGAUCUCUAAGCUCGAAACCGCUAUCGAAAUGGCGAAAAUCAAAAUUGAUGAAGAAAUGAUCAACAAGGACUCGUACGAGCACGUCUUGCAAAGGAUGAAACAAGAAAGAAUCGCACUCGAGAAGGAGUCAAAUACUAUCCAGCACAGCUUAUCCUCAACUCGGUCUAUUUUGGAGUCAGAAAAACAAAAAUCUUUAAAGCAUAGAGAAUCAAAAGACAAGUCAAAACAGUUGCUAAAGGAAUUAAGGGACUCUUUAACUCUAGAAAUAAGGAGAAAAGAUGAAAGAGCGCACGAACUGGAGCAGCAGAUGAGGUUCAGAAAUGAAAUAACAGAAAAAAGAAGGGAAAGACUAAGAAAGCAAGCAGAGGUCGCAGAAGCAGCUGCAAAUGAAGACCAGUUCGCCCAUGAAGUCCAAAUGAAAGAAAAGCUGAUAAUAAACCGGUUUUGGUACGGAUUCAUACAGUGGAAAAUGGAAAAAGACUGGCAGAAUUCCACUGAAAUAGAAUCAGCAUUCCAAAACAUCAGGGCAAUGACUGGUUUAAACUCAAUCGAAGACAUUGUGCAAAAGUUUGCUUCAAGGGACGAAGACCAUAAUAUUUUAAUUCAAAAAAUUGCAGAAUCAGAAAAAAACCUCGACGAUUUAAAGACUGAAAACGAAAACACCAGAAAGCAGUUACGAGAACUUUUGCUUGUUAAAGGAGAAAAUAAUGAUAGACCUCAUAAUAGCGAGCUAAGAGCGAUUGAAGACCAAAUUGAAGCAGAAGACAAAGAGCUUAAUAACAUAAAAGAUCAAAAAGAUAAGGCACAAGUUUAUUACCAAAACUUGUUAACUUGGGGAGGGAAAAUCUUAAAUAAGCUGAAUUAUAAAGGAGAAAUUUUAAGGAUGGAGCUUCCAGAAAUUUUUGCUAAAAUUCAAGAGCAAUUAAAAGUUAUUAUCGAGCCUAUGGUUCAAACAAAGGAAGAAUUCAUGAGAUAUCUUGACAUCAAGUCAAAGAAAAAUACACAGCAGCUGCUUAAAGAAAUCUACACUCAAGGCUACAAGCCAAAAUUUGUAAAAAAAGGAAAGAGCCCAGAGCUUGAAAAUGAACAAGAAAAACUGAAAAAGGCUGAAAGGAAAAUAGCCCGAAAUAUGACAUUUGCAAGAGAAAUUUAA